AUGUCAAUCAUGGAAUACAACGGAGGGUCGGUCAUUGCGAUGGCCGGCAAGGAUUGCGUCGCGAUCGCAUCCGACUUGCGCCUCGGAAACCAGGCACUCACCGUUGCAACGAACUUUGAGAAGAUAUACCCUGUCACGGAGAGGAUAUAUCUCGGACUACCUGGGCUGGCGUCGGAUGUGUUGACAUUACGCGAGCGCUUUCGGUAUCGCGUGAACAUGUAUACGAUCAAGGAGUCUCGCGCGAUCGAGCCUAGCACUUUCGCACACCUCGUCUCCAGUACACUAUACGAGCGCCGAUUUGGACCAUACUUCAUUGAGCCUAUCAUCGCCGGACUCGAGAAGAGCCCAGCAACAGGCGAACUCACGCCAUACAUUGCCGGUGCAGACUUGAUCGGAUGCUUGAACUUCGCCAAGGACUUCGUCGUUGCGGGUACUGCUUCAGAUAAGCUAUUCGGUGUUGCAGAAGGAUUGUGGGAGCCGGAUCUCGGGCCGGAGGACCUUUUCGAGACGAUCAGUCAAACGCUUUUGAACGCCGUUGACCGCGACGCGUACUCCGGGUGGGGAGCCAUUGUACACAUUAUCACGAAGGACAAGGUCAUUACACGGACCCUCAAGGGUCGCAUGGACUAA